ACCCUUGAGUCCUACUUUGGUCCAUCUUCCACGGACUCCUCGCAACGAACGCUCGACUACUCACGACGGAUGCUCCCUUAUGGACUCAUCUCAUAUGCAUGCUACUUACGCUCUCUUAAAAUCAAGGACGGUACUUAUGUUGAAUUACUGUGUCUUUGUUGUCACUGGGACUUACAUAUACCAUAUACCCCUGUACAUAUACAGCGCUCUGAGCUGGUCUACGAGACUAUCUCUGGGCUGCAUCUCUUGCAUUUGCGCUCCUUCAUGAUUUGCGCAAUAAUUCCAUCCCUAUCUGGGGCGAGGCGUAGGUACUUAGUCGCUCCAAGGAGUAGGGCUCCAGUGAGAUACAUCGUAUCCUUGCGCG